AUGGUUUAUAAACGUAACCGGAAGUCUAAUUUCCCAGUUCAACCAUUAACUCGAUCGGUUUUACAGCGCCAGGUUGACAUGGCGGGCACACCAGCGGUUCCCGAGCAAACAGCCAAGGCAUCGACACCAGCGUUUGUGCCCUUUGACUUUUCGCAGCCGCCGCUCAUCGAUGGCUUCAACCCUUCGCCGAAAGCGAAAGAUGACACCUUCAAAGAGAAAUUUAUUAGAAAAACCAAGGAGAACCCGUUCGUCCCAAUAGGUUGUUUGGGAACAGCAGGAAUGCUGAUUUACGGUCUCCGUGCCUUCCAUCAAGGAAAAACACGACACUCGCAGCUGUUGAUGAGGGGCCGGAUCUUUGCCCAAGGCUUCACUGUAUUUGCCAUUAUUGUUGGUGUCUUUACCACAGCUUUGAAACCCAAGCAGUGAAGACGGACCGAUCCCGCAGCUCUCCGGCCUCUCAUUCAAGUCAGAAUCGCACCAGAUGCACCUCGGGAUUGGACUGAUUUUACCAUCUGAAUAAUGUUCCAGAUGCUAAUGCCGACCAUAUGUAUAGUGGUUUAAACAUGGUGAUGCAAUAUUUAGCUUCAGGGCAGAACUAUGGAACAACAAAUAGAAUUUUACUUUGAUCGUGAGACAACCGUAUUGACGUAAAAUGCUGAUAAAUAUAAAUUAUAUGCUUCUUGCUCAUCUGGAAGUUUUAGUUUUACGUGUUCCCAGGCCUCAUUACUGAAGUGAUCUACAUGUCACCUAGCUGAUUAAAAAAAAUUUAAUCUGA